AUGGCCUUUGUGAAGGGAUUGAUUGCCUGCGUCGUCUUCGUCGCUGUCGUUGUUAAGGGCUUCCCCAGGAUGUACGAGGAAGACGCGGUGGAUGACGAUAAUGUCGAGGAUAAGCAACGGGCGGCCGCAGAUAUAAACCGCAAUGAACAUGGCGGGGCUCAUCACCACGCGUACUCGUUCCAUCAUUUUUCCGGGCCAGUGAUAGGUCAUCACCAGGAGGUAUCGUGGAAAGAUAAGCACGGACAUCAUCAUCACGACUACAAGGCUUAUCCUAAGUACAAAUAUUCGUAUGGUGUGGACGAUCACCACUCCAAGGACCAGCACGGACAAAAGGAGCACCGUGAUGGCAAACACGUCGAGGGCGAAUAUCAUAUUCACGAACCAGGUGGCAAUGUCAGAAGCGUGAAGUAUCACGCUGGUCCUCACGGCGGAUUUUACGCCGAAGUACACAAUUACGGCGGGAACGACCAUUCGGGUGGCUCACACGGUUAA